AUGUGGGACACGCAUAUGGUACAAGGACGUCAAAUUCCUUAUGAUCCACAAAAUUCACCUGCUGAUUACCCUUUACGCACAGUGCCGUUUGCUGAAGUGGCCGGAAAAACGCUGGUAUUCGCCGUUUACGACUUUGAUCGUUUUUCAAAGCAUGACCAAAUUGGUCAGAUCCAGGUUCCUUUGGGCUCCGUAGACCUGGCCCGCGUCAUUGAAGAAUGGCGUGAUCUUAGCCCGCCGGAUGAUGAUGAAAAAGUGAGUUGUUCUUCAUCACCCACUGACAACAAUUUGCAUACCACUAAUCUUUUACAUUAUAGGCGAACUGGUAAUAGUGAUCUCAUCUGA